CCUGACAGGUGCACCUUCCCUUAAAUAGCAAAGCUGAGCAAGGGGCCAUAUAAAAGCCAGAGACAUGGUUUAGGUUUUCAACAAGUAUCUUGCCAGCUUCAAGCAGAGGACAUCUGGAGCAGCAGCAUGGAAGAUGAGUUUUCUUGCCAACUCAAAAAAAUGGCCUUGGCCAUGGGUGCAUCCCUGACGGACAAAGAUCUUGACCUGUUGCCCUCAGAAAUGAGGCACCACGCUUCAUUCAAUUAUACCAAGUUCCUUGAAUACAUGCAGAAGUUUCUGACAUCGGACGAGAGGGAGACUCACUUGCGUAAAGCCUUCAAAUUGCUUGACAAGGAUGACAGUGGUUUCAUUGAAUGGAAUGAAAUCAAGUACAUCCUAGCCACAGUGCCCAGUAACAUGCCAAUUGUCCCCUUGUCAGAUGAAGAAGCAGAAGCUGUGAUCCAGGCAGCAGACAGAGAUGGCGAUGGGAGGAUUGAUUUUCAAGAGUUUACUGAUAUGAUCACCAAGGAGAAGAUUCCAAAGAAAUAAUAAGAGAAAAAUAAAACCACCUUUUGCUUCUCUA